UUGUGUCUCCCACAGGUAGUGAGAGAACUGGAGGAGAUUGAUGACUGGCCCUACAUGAUGUACCUGUGGGCCUUUUUCCACUGGCUGGCCAUGUCAUCCACCUGCUACAACCCCGUCAUCCUCUGCUGGAUGAACACAAAGUUCCGGUCUGGCUUCUGCGAGGUGGCUUACGCUAUGCCGUGUCUCCGAAGGUGCGUGGAUCAUUGGUUCUUCACUCAGGAACCGGAGCUGGUCCGUGUCAACACCUUCACCAACUACUCAAGAAGUGCUAGCAGCCGGCUGGUCACUAUCUCCCUUAAAGACGACACCAUCAUCUUCAAGAGUAGGAACAUGAACGGGCACAAGGGGGCGCAGCCUUCUUACAACUGCAGGAGGUUUCUGCAGAUGCUGGAGGAGACUAGCAGUGAGUCUCCUUUGUGAGGGCGGAAUUUCGAGCUGGCUAAGCUCAAUGUUCCUCCGCAGGAGAGCAUGUGGAACCGGUUGAGGACUGACAACUGGAGUGGGGAUCUAGGUGAACACUUGGAGACACAGUUGUGAUAAAUGGGUGGAUGGGAGGAGUGAUAACUGGAGAAACGGCAGGAGUGAGCACAGCAAAUAUAUCAGAAGUGAUUGGAGAACUGGGAGAAGUGAUGACUGGAGAACAAGGAGAAGUAAUGACUGGAGAACUGGAAGAAGUGAUGACUGGAGAACUGGGAGAAGUGAUACCUGGAUGGGUAGUGGGAGUGACAGGUGGCAGAACGUGAAGAUAACAGUGACAACAAUCACGUGAAGUGCCUGCCACUGCUGUCAUUCCCCAAUAGCAACG